AAUUGGGUGAUGAUAUAGUAACAUAUAUCAAAUUAAAUAGCAAAUAACUUUAUAAUUCCGGUCUAAAAAAUAUCAGAUAUAUCAAACCGGCCAAUGCCAAAGUUGGGUAUGUUUAUAUGAUAUUUGGAUGAUACCAUGUACAGAUACACGGUUCUUCAUUUUUGACCCCUAGAUUUGCAGAGAAAAUGGUAAACAACAUGUUUGUUGUGGAGAAUGAAUUCUUCAAGUAAUGGAUCAUGAUACAAGCAGCAGCAGCAGCAGCGAUGAUUACACCAGUAAUAUUGGCGAGGGCGACAACCAUGUUUUGUUAAAUGUCUACGAUCUCACACCUCUGAAUAAAUACCUCUUCUGCUUUGGCUUAGGCAUCUUUCAUUCUGGCAUUGAAGUUUUUGGAAUGGAGUAUGGUUUUGGAGCUCAUGACUUAUCCAUUAGUGGAGUUUUUGAAGCGGAACCUAAGAGCUGCCCAGGUUACAUCUACAGAUGUUCCAUCCCUCUAGGUCGUAUAGACAUGCCCGUCUCAGAAUUCCGGAAUUUUAUUGAGAAUGUGGCUUCCGAGUACCAUGGUGACACAUAUAACCUUAUUUCCAAGAACUGCAACCACUUUACAGAUGACAUGUCCUGCAGAUUGACAGGGAGAAGGAUUCCUGGGUGGGUGAAUCGCCUUGCAAAGUUAGGUUCUGUCUGCAGUUGCCUGCUUCCCGAAAGCCUCCAAGUAACAGCUGUUAGACAGCUUCCAGAGUAUUAUCCUUGUGCUGAAAACGAUGCAGCUGAGUCUGUAACAUCCAGGCAAUCAACAGAUAUGGAUGAUUUAGAAAAAGACCAUAAACAGUUACUAUCUCCAGUAUCAGGAAAUGGCGAAGUAGUGUCAUUCAUUAGAGAGGUGAAGAGACGAUUGUGA